AAAUGAAUACAAACAUUACAGCUGAAUAAAAAAAGAAAAACUUCGAAGAUUUACUUGAAAAAUAAGAAUAAGAAAGAUAGCUUUUUAAAGAAUAAAAAAAAAAAAAUGAUGAAUAACUUAAAGAUCCAAGAGAAAAAAUAUUAACAAUCUAAAAAGAAUUUAGAUCAUAAUAUGAUUUAUUAUAAAAUAUGCUAAAAUAAUUUAAUAAAGAAACAUCUAGUAUAAAUGAAUAUUUUCUAGAAUUUAAAAAAUUAAAAGAUUUAUUCCUAUAAACUAAUUAUGCACUUACAACAUUUGAUAAGCAAUAAUAUAAAGAAUAACUUGAAAAACUUGAAAAAACAAUAUUUUAAGCCAAAGAAAUAGCGCAACCUCGUACCAAGUUUCGUUUUUCAUAAUAAAUAAAUAAAAACUCAACAAAAUAAAACUAAGAAUCUUAAUAAAUAUAACACUUUAAAGACUUUUCGGAAGAUAUACCUGGAUUUUCAAAUAUAGAAGACCAAAAGAUAAUAGUUGAAGACAUAAACAAUAAUAAUUAAUAUAAUUUAACAAGGACAUGUAAAUUAUUAAAUAUAAAAAACAGUUAAAUCUUUUUGAAUGACAUUUUUGAUACUAUUUAUAUAAAAAAUAUUAAAAAUUCACAAAUAUUUAUUGGACCGGUAAAAUUUUCUGUUUUAAUUGAUAAUUGUGAAAAUUCAGAAUUAAGUAUUGCAAGUCAUUAAAUAAGAAUACAUAAUUCGAAAUAAACUGUUUUUAAUAUUUUCUCUACGAGCAAAUCUAUUAUCGAAAACUGCACUUAAGUAAAUUUUAAGCAAUAUAAUCAUUCUUAUUUGAAUUUUGAAAAAGAUUUCUAUUCUAGCGGGAUGAAAGGGAAAAAUAAUCUAUGGCAAGAAAUAUAAGACUUUGAUUGGCUUAAAUAAGAAAAAUCACCUAAUUUUACUUAUAUAUAUGAAUGAAAAAUUUUACAUAUGAUUUUCUAUUUAUUAAAAAUAUAAUUUUUAAAAAAUAUUUUACAACUAAAUUUUUAAGUUUUAAAUAAAAUUUAUUUAAAGUUUCUUU